GACCCCCAUUUUUUUCUAACCCUUUCCUCCUCYCAGCCCUCACACCCAAUCGACCACCUGCGGCGGCCACACCUACGGCGUCCGAUGGUAGUGAGCUUCAUCUACAGCGGCAGCAUUGAUUUUGCAGCAGAUCCAACUGUCCAGCAAUAACAGUUGCGGCAAUAACAGGUCCAGCGACCAGCAGCAGCGGGCGAUUUUGUGGGGUUUCUACUUUCUAGUGGCAGUAACAAGUUGCAGGCUUGCAGCGGCAAUCACCUGUGACGAAGCCCGAGCCCACCGUCACACCACCAAGCCCGAGUCCACCGUCGGACUCCAAGCCCUCCUGUCUUUCCAGUCUUCUUUGCGCCAAAAGGCUUCUUAACAGUGGUGAUAACAACUGUAUGAGUAGAAGCUUUAGGUGAUACAGUCACAUCAGGAGUUUCACACUUUUCACAAGAAUUUUCUUUUGAGAUUUCAUAAAUUAAUCUUGACAUCAGGCAAUCUAUUAGAUACAUGAGCUGACUGAGAAGCAACAAGAGAUGAGGGCAAAGAUUUGAACUGGGGCCUAGGGUUUGAGAUAAAAUCAUGCACAUGGAGCCUAUAUCAUCAAUGAACACUCAAGUAUUCUGUACACAUGGAGCCUACAUAAAACCCUUAUCCUUAUCAUAAAGAACACUGACAUGUAUAUUCAUGAUAGUUGCUAACCUGAUAUGUAUGAUUUUGUCUCCCACCAAUUAAUUAAGUAGACCCGCCGGAACUGAUGAAGAAGGUAAAAAUAAUAARGUAAGAAGGGGAUGAUGAAUGUUCGCCGCCUGAACCAAAUUCACGAAACACCGAAACCACAGAACUGGAAUUCGAUCGACAGAGAAAAGCCAGUUGGUCAGGAGAGAGCGUUCCGGAGGUAUAGCUGAGGUGACAACAACACAAACAGCAAAAGCAGCUGGUUCUAAGAUAUCAUAUCCACUAAAUCAAAUUCAAACAAAAUGAAGGCCCAAAACCUAAAAGAGCUAAUUGUUUCUCUCAAAAGCAAAUCGCCUCCACUACUCACCUUCUCCAGGCAAGAGCUCGAAACUGCAACCAACAACUAUGCAGAAGACAGAGAUUUGGGAUAUAAUCUCUACAGCGGAAUCGAUGAACAAGGUCGUUCUAUUUCCGUCAAGAAGUUGUAUGACAAUGAAUCCAUCAUAAAUGAAGUUGCAGUUGCAUCCCAAAUAACUAACCACAACAACAUACUGAAACUCCUGGGUUUCUGCUGGGAAACCGAAUUCCCCACGCUCGUGUACGAAGAUACAAGCAACGGACCUCUCUUCGAUCACAUCAUCGAGGACCCAUGGUUCUUCUGUUGUGUUGAGGGAAGGAAAACUGCAUGCCCGAAAUUGCCAUGGGAGACCAGGCUAAGGGUAACAACCGAAAUUGCAGACACUUUAGUCUAUCUCCACACCGCUACUUCAAACCCCAUCAUUCAUACGUCCAUAAACCCCAAGAUUAUUUACUUAAACAAAGACUACGUCGUCAAACUUUCUGGGUUCAAUGAUGCAUUAUGGAUCCCCAAAGGAGAAACAUUUGCAGAAACCAAGAAGACUUGGUGCUCUACUUUCACAGCUCCUGAGGCCUGGCCUAGCAGAAGGUUUACAGAGAAGAGUGAUGUUUAUAGCUUUGGCCUUCUUUCACUUGAGGUCUUGACUGGUAAGGAGACUUUUCGUAUGACCAACGAGGUAUCUGAUUCUGAUUUGGUAGAGGAGAGUGAAGGGGCUAUUCACUUGUUUCGCCGAAACUGGAAUAAGAAAGAUAUUGAAGUGUAUUUGAACUCGAACAUCCUCAAGGAAGGAAACAAGGAGCAGCAAAUGGCAUUUCUGGGAGUUGCCUUGAGAUGCGUGAAAUCUAAGCCUGAGGAGAGGCCUACAAUGACAGAAGUUGUACAGGAACUUAGACAGAUUAAACAGUUGCAACCGUCUUCGAUUUCCUGUGAGGGAAGUUCAUCAAAUGGCCGUGAGGAUGAAUAGAAGCGCUAUAUUCUGCUUUAUGAUUGUCAAAGGAAGAUGGCUGUUAAUAAGUUACUAGGACGUUUGUAGUAGGAUGGACCGAAGGAGAUCAUUUGUGCCCCACUUUUGAACUUCAUUUUCUAUUUCUAAGUUGAUCGGAUGUGUUUGUUUCUUUAGUUGAUACUUGAUAGAUCUUUAUAAGUUAAUGUGGAAGAAAAGAAAAGACUCUCCCUCUCUCUCACACA